GAAGGUACAGCUCUGAUGGAAGUGAUUGAGUGGCCAAAGCCUCCCAACCCUGCUGUACGUUUUCAGAAAAGCAGUGACCCAUCACGUGCAUAUUUUGUUAUUUUAAAUUCUGGAAAGACUUUCUAUGUCGGAGAUCAGUUGCAGGUGAUGCUGCGUAUGUACGAUUUUGAAGGAAAUCCAAAGCACUACGGGGGUGACUAUCUCCAAGCCCGGAUCCACACUCCAGAGUUGAAAGCCGGUUCAGCAGGAACGGUUAUAGAUCACCAAAAUGGAACUUAUCACAUCAAUUUUACUUUAUUCUGGCCAGGAAAAGUCCAAGUGUCUGUUUCCUUGGUUCAUCCCAGUGAAGGGAUCGAAGUACUAAAACGGCUACGUGAGGAACAACCAGAUCGAGUACAUUUCCAAAGUACCUUUAAAUUAAUGAAUAUUUCAGAGACCACUGUGUGCAACCUAUGCCUGCCUCAGAACAAAAUACUCUGCAACUUCACCGAUCUCAGGACUGGGGAGCCCUGGUUCUGCUACAAACCAAGGAAACUUCCUUGCUCUUCUCGCAUCAACCACGGAAUAGGAGGUUAUAAGAAGCAUCUCAUAACAGAAAAUGAAAGCCGCUUAUUCCAAAGUAAGAUCAACAUCAAAGUGCCCAUAUUACCCAAAGGUCCAGGAUACGUAACAGUACGGGCUACAGCUCAAAGAGGCAAAGGUCUUGGAAAUUGUGUUCCUGGAAAGCCUCUGCUUUCACCGUCAGGAUUUUAUUUCCAGGACCUGUGGUCAUCGACCAGCUGUAACAUUCAGCAUUUCAAAACUCCAGCAAGCAUCAUCAACUGCCUUCGUGGGAGAAGGGUCCACAUGUUUGGAGAUUCUACUAUACGCCAGUGGUUUCAGUUUAUGAUAGAAUAUGUGCCAGGUCUCAAAAAUGUAACUACCAUGGUAACGGAAAAAUAUGGCCCGUACAAUAUUGUGGAUAUAGAAAAUGACAUUACCAUGCAUUAUUAUAUCCAUGCCAUACCAAUUCGAAUACCAUUCAUUUCAACUCUGAACCUUCCAUUCAUUGCCAGCAAGUUGGAUGACAUUCCUGGAAGAAAGAACACAGUUAUAGCCUUCACUAUCUGGUGCCAUUUCAAUACUUUUCCGGUAGAGCAUUACAUCCGACGACUACAGAACAUCCGGAGGUCAGUUCUACGCUUGCUGGGUAGAAGUCCUGAUACAGUAAUUGUAAUAAAGACAGCCAAUGUCCAGGGCCUUCCACGAGACGUUAGUCUCUAUAACAGUGACUGGUUCUCCUAUCAGCUUGAUUUAGUGAUGAGAAGGAUGUUUGAGGGCAUCAAUGUGGCAUUUGUGGAUGCAUGGGAGAUGACUAUAGCCCAUUAUCUGCCGCAUGACAUACACCCCAAAGAAAUCAUCAUCAAGAAUGAAGUAUCUGUGUUCCUUUCAUAUGUGUGUCCUCUAUGA